GCGGCGGAGGAGCUGCAGGUGCGGUCCGGCUGCCGAUCCCGCGGGCUGGCCGAGGCGGGAGGUAGAGCCGCCAACGUCGCGGCUCUCGGGCCGGCCUGCGGGUGCGGGGAGCGCUUUGCCUGAGUGUGAUCUCAAAGAUGGGAGGCGCGGUGAGUGCUGGUGAGGACAACGACGAGCUGAUAGACAAUCUGAAGGAGGCGCAGUACAUCCGCUCUGAGCUGGUGGAGCAGGCUUUCCGAGCUAUUGACCGUGCAGACUAUUACCUCGAAGAAUUUAAAGAGAACGCAUAUAAAGAUUUAGCGUGGAAGCAUGGCAACAUCCACCUCUCUGCUCCGUGCAUCUACUCGGAGGUGAUGGAGGCCCUGGACCUGCAGCCUGGUCUCUCAUUCUUGAACCUGGGCAGUGGCACUGGCUACCUCAGCUCCAUGGUGGGGCUCAUCCUCGGCCCUUUUGGAGUGAACCACGGGGUAGAACUCCAUUCAGAUGUGACAGAGUAUGCAAAGCAGAAGCUGGACUUCUUCAUCAGGACAAGCGACAGCUUUGACAAGUUUGACUUCUGUGAACCGUCCUUUGUUACUGGCAAUUGCCUGGAGAUUUCUCCAGAUUGUUCUCAGUAUGACCGGGUGUACUGUGGGGCAGGCGUGCAGAAGGAACACGAGGAGUACAUGAAGAGCCUCCUCAAGGUCGGGGGCAUCCUGGUCAUGCCGCUGGAAGAGAAGCUGACUAAGAUAACGCGCACUGGCCCUUCCGCUUGGGAAACCAAGAAGAUUCUGGCUGUCUCCUUUGCUCCGCUGAUCCAGCCCUGCCAGUCCGAGAACGGGAAGUCGAGGCUCGUCCAGUUACCACCCCUGGCGGUUCGCAGCCUCCAGGACCUGGCACGCAUCGCCAUCCGGGGCACCAUUAAGAAGGUCAUUCACCAGGAAGCAGUGAACAAAAAUGGAAAUGGACUGAAGAACACUCCCAGGUUUAAACGAAGGAGAGUUCGCCGCCGCCGAAUGGAAACGAUUGUCUUUUUGGACAAAGAGGUCUUUGCCAGUCGGAUCUCCAACCCCUCUGAUGACAACAGCUCUGGAGACCUGGAGGAGGAGCGGCAGGAAGAAGAGGUGACCACCCCGCCGAGCACCAAGCCUGAGCCCCCGGUGAACUUCCUGCGUGAGAAGGUCCUGAGCCUCCCUCUGCCAGAUCCCCUGAAGUACUACCUGCUUUAUUACAGAGAGAAGUAGGUCUGUGGUUCAGGGGAGGAGAGCCAGUCUGCCUGGAGGGCCUCCGGAGCAGGCGCACUGGGCACGGAGGGGCUCCUCCCUGCAGCUUGUCUGUCCUUGACUGUCCUCGCCCCUCAGUCUGACUUCCGUGAACACGGUCCACAAGUUAAGAAUGUUUUCUCAGAAGGCCGAGAGUCCCCUGGAGGAGGCUCUGACUUCCCGCUCUCAGGAAUCACUGAGGUCUGUGUGUGGAGGCGGCUGGGAGACUGUUCCUUACACGAGAUACACUGCAUCAGAAAGGAAAACUGAAGUUGAAAUUGACCUGUGUUGCUUAUAAAAUGUGAGACAGAAAGCACAAGUUUCUAACUGUAUAAAAUCUUUUCUGAGUGGGACACGCCUGUGCCCGUUUGAAUUUUAUAGGAUCAACCUUUUAAUUAUUGGCACUGAGUUUCACUAAAUAAGUGAAACGGAGUGAAAAUCUCACUAAAUAUUUCAGUUAUCUGGAGUGAAGAGACACUGAAAAAGCCCUCCAUUAUUUUAAGUAAUGAAAUCUUAUGUGAGUUGUCACUUGUAAUUUAGAAAAAGAAAAAUUGUGAUGGGGGAGGAAUGAAAGUAUGAAAUUGCCAGGUGUCUAUGGAAUUGCAGAAGAUUUCCAAGGAAUUUUUUGUGAUACCUUUGUUACCAUCAAAGAAAAUCCUGAAGAAGGAAAUCAGUGUCAUGUUAAGAAAGAAGCUACAUUGCUUGUGCUGCAGUGACAGAGAUGAUCAUUGAUUCAGCUUUGAGGUGACAGUUUCUGAGGCUCUGUCCUCAGAGCACAUGGAAGGUACUGGCUGUAGAAAGUGGAUUGGGGAUGAUGUGGACAGCCCGUGGAGUUUUCUUCUGUUGGCUAUUUUUCUGUAAUCACAUUACAGUACUGACUCAUAGAUUUUAUCUUUUAUAAUUCUGGAGAAAAAGAUUGGUUAGUUUUGUAAUUUUUUUUUAAGAACAAACAUAAAUGAUCAGUAGCUCUGUUGCAGUAGAGUGGUUUUACUCAACAGUGAUACGUGCAGUCCAUCUUCUCCAGGCCUGUGUGUUGAGAGCUUCCUGUCUUAUCACGUCCGGGGUCUUGAAGCAGAGGCCGUCCUGUUGGUCGCGUGGCAGGAUGUUUACAGGUGACACUGCUUCUUCCAAAACAUUGGUUCUUGUCAGACUUUUCAAUUUCAUCCAAAGACUAGUAUAAAAUCUUAAUAGUAAAUCUAAAAUCAGAGUGCUGAUGGAAGAUUGAUCAUCCAGAUUUUAUGAUUAAUUUUAUUCCUUAGCUUCUCAAAUGUUGUUGGAGUUCAAUGCCUUUGUGGUUUCACUAGCUUCACUGAGUUCUAUUUUUUUUUUUUCAUUUAUGCUGUUUUUUUAAAUUGAAUCAUUUUGUCAUAGAAUACUGUGUGCACGCAUAGUUGGGGAAAUGUGUACAGUGCCCUAAAUUGGAACAGUUGAGCUGUUAUAAAGAAGGUUUCUUCAUUGCUGUGCUUACCUGCCUUUCACUGGAAGUCAAGCCUCUUUCUUUCAGAGACAGAAGCAUGAGUCAUGUUUACUUGCUAAGGCUUCUGUUUGCAGAUCUUGUUGACGUUAUUCUAAUUGAUUUGUAGAGACCUCUGCAGCACAUGGACAUUUUUGGACAUAAUGUUAAAUAAGUGAUAUCUGAAAUCUGUUGUUAUUAGGUGGCUUGACUGAAUUUUUUUCUAUCAUUGUAUAUGGAUUUCCCUAUUUUUUCAACCAUAUUUGCCUUUAUGCUGGAUUGUAAAAACUCUUUACAAUGCAUAAGACAUUAUUUUCCCCUAUAUAUGUUAAACCCUUCCUAACAUUUUGUAUCUACAUGUUGGUUUGUGACUUUUACACCAGAAUUUGGUUUAAAAAAAGAAAAAUAUAUAUAAAGAGUGAUAGAUAGAUACUGAGUAUAUGUGAAACAAUUUGGUGUUGAUCUAUAUUAUAAAGGAGAGUCAUCAGUGAGCUUCCCCAUGUAGCUGCCUUUCUGUAGAGUUCAGUAUCAGUGCUUUCUGUUUUCAAAAACAGAUGAAUUAUAUAGUCUGUGUUGUCUGCAUUGUAAACCAUAGACAUUGGCUGACUUUUAUGUUUUGAGUAGUCUGUAUUUUUAUAUGUGACUUUUGUCUUGAAAGUAGUAAAGCCAUAGACAUGUGCAAAACAAAUAAUAAAUUUAUAAGUAUUAAGUGUUGUAUAGAAAUCAGCUGUGUACUUAAUAUUUUUGCCAGUCUGGAGCUUUCAGGGGAUUAAUGCAAGAAAUAGAAAACAAAGACUUUAAUGAGCUGAUACUCAAAAGACUCCAAUAAAGGUCAUUAAGACACGUUA